AUUCAAAUCAAAACAGACGUCUGAAGACAUGCUUUCAUUGCAUCCAAAGUUUGUUUGAAUUGAAUUCAACGCUAAUUAUGAUUAAAACACUUCUGACCACCACUUUGGCGACCAUCAACGGCUGCCAAAGAGUGCACUUCUCGUCCAAACACCAGUUAUUGUCUUCAUUUCUCAGACAAAACCAUUUGAUCGCACGAUGUUUGUCGUCAUCGGCGGCGGCAACGGAUCCCAAGCAUACAAUUUCGGACACGUUUCGAACCAACGAAAGCAAUCCAUGCCAUCACUCGACACAACACUUAUCCAUGUAUUACACCAUACCUGCAGACGUGGCCAACAAGUUGUUUGUUUUGGGAGGUUUUGAUUCACGACAACAGACUUCGUUCAAGACGUUCAGAGAGACCGCUCUUAUGGUGAGGCGUCCGGCGCUCGAAGUCAUGGAUUACUUGCGAAGAGCCGACUAUCGGAGACCAGUCAACAGAUAUGUUCUUUACGGCAACGUCGGCUCCGGAAAGACAUUCACUUUGAAUCAUGUCUUGCACUACGGAUCCGUUGAGAAGUAUCUUCUGCUGUAUUGUCCGAAACCGACGGAUUGGCUCCGAUAUCCCGAAGAAACGGCUCAAUCGGUCUACAAAAGCGAACGAAUGGAUACACCAAUCGAUGCGGCCGUUUGGUUACAACACUUCCGGACACAUAAUAACCAAUUGUUGGAUGAGUUAGACUUGAGAGCAUCCAAACAAUACGUAUGGAGUCAGAGGGAGAUCACCGAAGCUGGCGAUCCUCUCAAGAAUAUUCUGGAGCACGGAAUCAGUCGAAUAAAACACGCGUCCGAUUGUAUGGCAGUUGUGCUCAAAGAGAUCAAAGCGCAGAGUAGUAGCGGCAAGUAUAGGGUUCUGGUGGUCGUCGACAAAGUGAACGCUUUCUACGAAAUGAGUCAAAUUAAAUACCCGGACAGGAGUUACGUGGAUGCGGACAACAUUACCAUUGCCCGCGCCUUCAAGAAACUGUUCACCAAUGACUGGACGAACGGCGCUGUCGUGGCCUCGGUUUGUAAGAAACUAAUGGUUCACUAUAGGAUCUUGAAAGUAGCCGGUAUACCCAAACAUAAACCCAGAUCCAGACCAUGGGAUACUUGGGGUCCUUUCAGUGUUUCCCAUUUGAGUGAUUUGCCCCUUGAUUUGCUAACAGAUGCGGGAUUCAAAGAUUUCGAUCCAUUUAUUCCUAUUGAAGUACCCGUUUAUGACGAGAAGGAAAUGGAGAGUUGUCUCAACUAUUAUAACGACAGGAAAUGGAUCCAAAGACCUGUUGCUAAAACGGUUGACGGCAGGAAUGAAAUUAAAUUUUUAUCGGCUUAUAAUCCUUUAGAGACUUAUGAGAUAUGUUGUGCCCUUUAAUUGUCCAAUAAAAUCAAUUAUGUAAUUA